CCGGAUUCGUCAUUGAGAUAAGUGUAAAACACCGACCCUGUCAACGCACAUGUCUUAUGAUAUAGAUCAUAUUACAUUGUAGAUCACUAUACGUCUAAUAUGUCGAUCGAUAUCUAUGACUAUUGAUUCAGAAUUUUUCUAUUUUGUAUUUUUUUAUUUUGCUCUUCUUCCAACUUCAGAGUGGCCGCGUCAUAUUACAACUCUGACUUAAACCACUCAUACAUAAUAAUAUGGGUCAACAACAAUCUCAACCAAACAAAAAGCAGCAAGGUGACAAGGAUAAACAACAAAAGCGUUGGGAACCACCUGUACCUACAAGAACAGGAAAGAAAGCAAAGAGAGGUCCUUCUGCAGUUACCAAAUUACCUACCGUCAAUCCAACGACGAGAUGUAGAUUACGUUUAUUAAAGCAAGAGAGAAUAAAGGAUUAUCUUCUCUUAGAGGAAGAAUUUAUUAGAAACCAAGCUAUACUCAAACCAAACGCGUCAGAAGAUGACCCUCACUCUGAAGAGCGUAGUAAAUUAGAUGAAUUACGUGGUUUACCAAUUGCUAUCGGUACUUUAGAGGAGAUUAUUGAUGAUGAGCAUGCUAUAAUUACAACAGCAACCGGUCCAGAGCAAUACGUUAUGAUCUUGUCUUUCGUCGAUAAGGACCUCUUAGAACCUGGCUGUUCAGUACUUUUACAUAAUAAGAAUAUGGCUGUUAUUGGUGUUUUAUCAGAUGAUCAGGACCCUACAGUCAGUGUCAUGAAAUUAGAUAAAGCGCCACAAGAAUCUUACGCAGAUAUUGGUGGUCUGGAUCAACAAAUACAGGAAAUUAAGGAAGCAGUAGAAUUACCGCUCACUCAUCCUGAAUUGUAUGAAGAAAUGGGUAUCAAACCACCAAAAGGUGUCAUCUUAUACGGCCAACCUGGUACCGGUAAGACUUUACUCGUUAAAGCAGUUGCGCAUCAGACUUCUGCAACCUUCUUACGUAUUGUUGGUUCAGAAUUGAUUCAAAAAUACCUUGGUGAUGGUCCAAAAUUGGUUAGAGAGUUAUUCAAGGUAGCAGAGGAGAAUUCGCCUGCUAUUGUUUUCAUUGACGAAAUUGAUGCCGUUGGUACAAAGAGAUAUGACAGUCAAUCAGGUGGUGAAAGGGAAAUUCAAAGAACUAUGUUAGAAUUACUUAAUCAAUUAGACGGUUUCGAUACAAGAGGUGAUGUCAAAGUUAUUAUGGCAACAAACAAGAUUGAAACUUUGGAUCCUGCACUUAUUAGACCAGGUAGAAUUGAUAGAAAGAUUGAAUUCCCAUUGCCUGAUAUCAAAACUAAACGUCAUAUCUUCAAGUUGCACACAUCAAGAAUGAACUUGAGUGAAGAUGUUAACCUUGAAGAAUAUGUUAUGGCAAAGGAUGAACUUUCAGGUGCUGACAUUAAAGCUGUUGCAACUGAAGCAGGUUUAUUAGCACUCAGAGAAAGACGAAUGAGAGUUACAAAGAAGGACUUUGAUAGUGCAAGAGAACGUAUACUUUAUCAAAAACAAGAUAGCGGUCCAGCUGGUUUAUACUUGUAGAGUUCUUAUUGAUAUGAUUAUUUCAUUGUAAAUUAUUGUUAACGAUAUGUGGAAUGUGG